GCUCUCGUUUUCAGGUACUUCCCUCUCUGAGCUAGGGUUUUAAUUCGACGUCUCUCUUUUGUCUCUGUAUCGAUUUUCUCGCCGCGAAUUUCGAAUAGGUUCUUCACCAUAAGCUUGAGAUCUUAUUUCUCUACUGUUCUUUGCUUCUUCUCUAUCGGUUAAUUAUCUUCUUUGAUUUCGACGACGGAUCUGGAAAUUCUGAAAUUUUGUGAAGCUCUUUUCUUUUUGUUUGGUUUCUGUAGAUAUGGCUGGUAAAGGUGGGAAAGGGCUUCUAGCUGCGAAGACGACGGCAGCAGCUGCAAACAAAGACAGUGUUAAGAAGAAAUCCAUCUCUCGCUCUUCUCGUGCUGGUAUUCAGUUUCCAGUGGGUCGUAUUCAUCGUCAACUCAAGCAAAGAGUUUCAGCACAUGGAAGAGUUGGUGCCACUGCUGCUGUUUACACUGCAUCAAUUCUAGAAUACUUGACUGCUGAAGUACUCGAGUUAGCUGGAAAUGCGAGCAAGGAUCUCAAAGUGAAGAGAAUUACACCAAGACAUUUGCAGCUUGCAAUCAGAGGAGAUGAGGAACUUGACACUCUCAUCAAAGGAACCAUUGCAGGAGGAGGUGUGAUCCCUCACAUCCACAAGUCCCUUGUCAACAAAGUCACCAAGGAUUGAGUUUCGCUCUCUGAGUCCUAAGUCUCUAUUAUACUAUGUGCUCUUUUCUAGACGCCCUCAUGUGUAUAUGGGUUCAUUGUAUCUCUUAGGUCUCUCGUUUUAGACUCAUACUCUUGUUAUUUUGCUAAUGCUUACAUGAUUGAGGAUGAUGGUUCUUGCUUUCUUGGUUUCCUAUACUGUUGCAUGCCCCUCUUCUAGCUAACCCCGGACAAUAGAAAUCCUCG